AUGGAAAAACUUUGUGCCGAUUAUGAAUAAUUGGAUAAGGAGAUUUUGGAUGCCAUAUUCCCAAUAUAUAAGCCAUCGAACUUAUGUGAAGAAGAUAAUUUAUUGGGUCACGUUGAUUCAUUGUUCGAGUAAAUAAUGACUGUAGAUAGUCACUAAUAGUUAACUAUUGAUGAGUUUAGAUUGAAUUGCACUUUGAUUAGAAAUACAUUAUCAGACCUAAUUUAACUAAUGAACAAUUUAAUUCAUAAAUAUAUCAAAAGCAAUUGCACCAUACACAGAAUUUAAUAUGCUGUUAACUAUUUGGUUGUUUUAAAAGAUUUGUAUGAAACUUUGCUAGAAAUUUUUGCAGAUUCUACAGAAAAGUCGAGCCCAAAAUUUUCAGAUUUAUUAGCAAAAUACUAAGAUAACGAAGAAUUUCGGCUUAAAGCUAGAAAUAUUCAAGAUAUCAAUUUUUUUGGACUAUAACAUAUGAAUCAUGUUUUUACUCAAGAUACUCUAAAAUAAAUUAUUAGAAUAAGUCACCAUUAUCUUUCCAAUCAUGAUUCAUAAGCAUUAGAGGAAAAAUUGGUUGUUUAUAAUUCACAUCUUAAUAUUUUGGUGAGAAUAUUUGCAUCAGCUAUUGAUAUGAGUCAAUAAGACAUAAUUUGUUUAAAUAAAAAUCAUCUAUUUUGGAGGCAAAUUAAGGCAAUUUCUACAUAUACGAAGUUGAGUUAGAACUCGGAUUAAAUAUCUUAAUCAUACUAUAAUUUUAUGAAAUCCAUAAGAAUUGGUCACGCCAUAUUUUUAAAGAAAUCUAAAUUUAAAAAUUCAUUUAUGAGAGAUAUCAUUUUUAUUUUCUCUUCAGUUUGGUAUUUUGUAUUGGAUGGAAGAGCAAAAUUACGAGCUAUGGAACAUAUGUGCGAUAUGCAAGUAGAAAGUGCUAUGAGUGUUAUGGGAAUGGUUGAAAAACCAGGGAUUAAGCAUUUAAUUGAAUUUGGAAUUACUUCCAUCAAACAUAAUAUCAAAAUUUACAUUGAUCCUGUUGUUUCGCCUCUGACCCUAAAUUACAUGAAUAAACAAUUUGAGUAAGGGAUUCUGAAUAAAAUAACCAAUGAACCCUUAGAAUAUGUUAAUAAAUCUAUACAUUACGAUAUUAAACAACACAAAUCAAUAUUGACUAAAGAUAAAACUAAAUUACGAAUAAGAAUACUAUCCUCAAAAUCUUUAGUGAAAACAAACUAAUUUCAGUAAACCUUUUCAUAAUCAAUAAAAAAUGAAACUUUGAAUUAUGACACGUUUUAGACUAUAAUUAUUCAUUUCCACGGAGGAGGUUUUAUCUCAAUGUCAUCAUCUAGUCAUUAAAAUUACACAAGAGAAUGGGCUAAUCAAUUAGGAAUUCCUAUUUUUUCUGUUGAUUAUAGCUUAGCUCCCAAAUAUAGAUAUCCUUAAGCAGUUGAUGAUUGUUGGCAAGCCUAUCAUUGGAUUUUAAGCCAUCUUCAAUAUCACUUUAAUAUCUAGCCAAAAAAAAUUAUCUUAGCAGGAGAUUCCGCAGGAGGCAACCUUUGUUGUGCAUUAACAGGAUUAGCUAUUAAAUUUGGUAUUAAAGUGCCCGAUGGACUUCUGCUAUCUUACCCUGUGCUAGAUUUAAAAAUGAAAUAUUCACCAAGUCAUAUGCAUGGACUAGAAGAUUUUCUAUUGAAUCAUACAUUAAUGGAUAUUUGCAUAGAUGCGUACACAAAUCAUCCAGCCAGUUAUGAAUUUGACCCUUUUAGAAGCCCCAAUCAUUUUAGUGAUGAAAUUAUUUCAAAAUUCCCUCCUGUAAGAAUAUUAGUUGGCUCAAAAGAUCCAUUAUUAGAUCAUUCCCACAGGUUAGCUCACUCUUUAAUCAAAAAUUAAAGAAAUGUGAAAAUUAUUGUUUAUGAAGGCAUGUCACACGGAUUUUUAAGUUUUUACAUGUUAGGAGGAAUGAAAGAAUCAGCGAAAUGCAUCGAAGAUUCAAUAAUAUGUCUAAAAGAAUUGAUUUCUUUUAAAAACUAAUGA